AAUAGCAGGCACACCACCAGAAUAAACCCCUAACUUUCUAAUGUCGGGGCCCGAGAACCAUUCUAACGUAGAUCAGCUGAUUACUAGUGGUUGUUUACGUGUUGCCCUCAACCUCCACCGUCAGCUCGCAUGCCCGAGGGCGUUCAAUAGUUCGGCAUUGCACCUCAGUAUGCUGGUGAAUGUGUAAAUUGAAUCGUUGAUUCUCAAGAAUACUAGCUUUACCUGAUAAAAAUUACGACUGUCGAUUUUCGCUGAAUGGUUCAGUGGCUCAAGGAUGUACAUCCGGAGAGGAUAUACCAGAAAUAGGGUCCAGAACAUUCAGAAGCUCAUUUGGUGAUAAGUAGACGUGAUUUGACAUUUGCCAAGUCUUGAGUCGUCCCGAAAAAAAUCUCUUCAGAGAUCUUAAAUUAUUACCUGAUCACCAAUAGAAGCAGAAUAUUACUGAUUAAUUGAUUCAUAAAUUGGCCAUGUCAUGGCAAUAUAAGUUUCAUUCUAAUGGAGGUGGUCUAGUCUGCCUUUCAACUCCAGUAGAAACACCACAGUAUCUGGUUAUUCAGGAGCGACAGAGGCCGACUUGGCUGAGAUUGAUAGAGAUAUUUUUCUCGAGGAAAAUGCUCACUGCUGCUACACAGUAUGGUAUCGCUGCUGGAGUCAUGUUCCACUAUCACGCACGACUGGAAUUUCAUUUACUACUUCUUGCGGCGUGUAUAAAUCACGUCUAACCAGUAGCCAAUGAUCACAUCGCAAGAUAAGAGUGUUUGUCGUGUUUAUUUAGUUUUUAUUGAUUAUUAAAAGAAAAACAACGGAGAAAUGUUGUUUAGGACGUUGUGUAUUUUGAAGGAAAGACGGACAGUAAUUAAUGGAUUCCUUAAAACGACUUCUGGUCGUUCCAUCAGGAGUUACAGACAAUUGUCACCACAGAUUAGGGUGCUGGUAGGAGGUAUUGAGAAUAGUAAAGUGGAAAAAUGCAAAUUUCAUACGACGCAACGCCGGGAUAUACCACCGGGUUUUGCGUUACUGAUUCGUCCACUUACUAGAGUUGGGGCCUUUUUGUUUGGGAAAUAUGUCAAGCGAUGGUGGGCCAGGAAGUCUCCGGAGGAGAAGGAAAUGUAUAAAAAAUGGUUCAGCGCGAGGAGGCAAAAAAUAUAUGGAGCCUUGGGUGCCGUUCUAGCAGGUCUUCUCCUCUUUUGCCUGACCCACAUGGAGAGAGAUCCGUUGACCGGUAGAUAUCGUUUCAUAAUUCUCACAAAAGAACAGCAAAAAGUCCUUGGAAAAGUUACUUUCGACGUUCAUCUAGAGAUGCAUCAAGAUUCUAUAGUCCGUUCUGAUCAUCCAGCAUACGUCAGACUCGUGAGAAUCACAGAUCGUCUGAUCAAAGCCAAUCAGGAUUUGCCACAAGUGACAGACAGACAUUGGACAUUGUCGGUGGUGGAUUCAGAUGCUAAGAAUGCUUAUGUAUUACCAGGUGGUAAUAUUUUUGUAUUUCUGGGAGCUCUCAAGAUCACUGAGAACGACGAUCAACUGGCUAUAAUCUUGGCACAUGAAAUGGCCCAUGUGCUGUUACAACAUCCCAUUGAACAGGUGUCGAGGAACGCUUUAUUGGACAUUUUGUUGGCAGCUCCAAUAGCUAUUAUAUGGGCGACGUUUCCGGAUUUACUUGCAUUUCUGAUUCAAGCUUUGGGAGUGAAUCUCAUGAAUGUUCUCGUGACGUUGCCGUAUAGCAGAAAUGCAGAGACUGAGGCUGAUGAUCUCGGAGUUAAGUUGGCGGCAAAGUCCUGCUUCGAUGUCCGAGAGGCUAUUGUUUUUUGGAAAAUCAUGCAGAUGCUGACGGAUUUCAAAAUAGAACCGAAGGAUAUUCCUUGGUUAUCGACUCAUCCUAAUCAUGAGGAACGAGAAAAACAUUUGAGUGCUAAAAUGGAUGAGGCGUUGAUGAUAAGAACGGAAUCUGGAUGUCCAAAAUUGAGUCGAUAUGAUCCCAUUGAAUCUUUCAACUCUCGAUCAGCAAAGCAGCACGCGGCUUUCUUGAAAGCCAGGGGAAUCUUAUACUACAAUUUUGUUUUCAUUCUUGUUUGUUUGAUUUUCAUGCGAGUCGUGAUAGUGGGGACUAUAUUCCAUAUAAUCUGCGGUAUUUUGACGUCCUCAGAGUUCAAUUUGAGCCAGUUCCACUGCAUUCCACGACGAUUCUUGAUACAUGACGAAUCCCAUUUGUGUUCAGUGGUUAAUAUUAAUAUGAUUUUGAUAAUAAUUUUAUUUAUAUUCCGUGGAAGUGCAAUUUUGGCGUAUAAUAUUCAUGAGAAACCGUCAUUGAUGUUGCAAGACUCAACAAUUUCUCACUUUGGAUACAGUAUUAUUCUACAUGCUCAACAAAAUCCACGUAAAUCAUGGCUGAUUGUCGGGGCGCCAAAGUCAAAAUUGGCGUCAGUAGAAGAACCGGGUCUAGUCUACAGAUACGACUUACAAUUAGAAAAAUCUCUACCUGUACGCGUCCAGCCUAAAGAACUCGGUGAGGAAAGAGGUUUCAUCAGAUCACUCAAACAUGAGAUAAUCAUUAGAAAGAAUUAUAGCUGGUUUGGUGCAUCCAUGGCUAUAGACCCUAAUGCUAAUAUUUUGACAGUCUGCGCUCCGAGGACCAUGAUAACUUUUUACAGCCUCGUCAUGAAUGUUGGCAGUAUGCAUGGCAUUUGUUACAGUGGCAAGAUAACUGCAGAUGAACUUGAAUUCGAGGAUAAAGAUCUUGACGCACACGAUUUUUCAACUGACUUUUGGUAUCAUCCCCUGCAUGGAUUCUCAGUACACUAUCCAAGCCCUACGUCAAAUAGAACUAAUAAUAUGAUUAGUGGAACACCGAAGGAGGAGUUAAUCGGCAGUAUCUUUAUAAAAGGUCAAAGCCGGCCAGUCUAUCUGCCGACAGAUGAUGAUCGUGCUAUGUUCGGAUACGCUGUUUCCUCGGGAUAUUUCUCUGGUAGGGAAAAAUUAUUAUACGCUGGAGGUGCCCCCGGUUGGCACUUAAUUGGACGAGUUGGUAUCAUUGAUCCGGUCACAGAUCCACCGACUGUGAUUGCACAGAUCGAUGGGACAAUGAUUGGAGAAUACUUCGGGGCGAGUUUAGCAGCUUGUGAUCUCAACAAUGAUGGAUUUGAUGAGAUUAUCGUCGGGGCGCCACACUGGGGGGUGGACUAUGGGAGAGUUUAUAUUUAUCUUGGAAAUUCACGGUUGAGGUUCGAGAAGGCGGAUGUUAUUCUGAAUGGGUAUAAGGAACAGGGCCGAUUUGGAUAUUCACUGGCAUGUGGAGACCUCGAUAGAGAUGGUUUCGAUGAUUUAAUUGUGAGUGCUCCUUGGGAGGGCAACGGUGUUGUGUACAUUUACAAUGGUGACUCUACAUUACAAUCGAAAUUCGAAAUGAAUUCCCAAAAUAUUACAGUCACUUCACCCGUCACAACUUUCGGAUUUUCUCUAGCAAAACCUGUGGAUAUUGAUUUUAACGGGUUUCCCGAUUUGGCAAUUGGGGCCUACAAGUCCAACUAUGCUAUGGUGUUAAAUAGUCGGCCUGUUGUAAAAUCUAAUUUUCGAGCGGUAACAAUUCCUUUUUCUUUGGAUAGAAAUUCAACGUCUUUCGUUAUUCAAGUUUGUGCUAAUCACACCAAGUUGGGAUCACCCAGUCAUGAAAGUUUCGAUUUAAUUGUCCAUAUCGAUGGAAGCUUCAAACGUGUCAACAAAUCUCGAAUAUAUUUGUCGUAUCUUUCCUGGUCUGGCGACACAGAAGAAACCGUAUGCCUCAAUGAGACUGUUCCUUUAGCGGAAACAAUUACGAACUAUAUUGACCCAAUUCCUAUAAUGGUGAAGCAUAUUUAUGGACUCUGGAGAAUCUCAGACGAGGCUGGGAUUGUUGAGUGCACCCUCUGCCCCAUAGAAUACGAUGGAUCCUCGGAAUCUCAGGAAAUAAAAAUUCCUUUCAACAUUGGCUGUGGGGACGAUGAAAUCUGUACUUCGUUAUUAUCUAUUUCUAGUUCAUUUUACUACACGAGCAAUGGGACAGCUCUUGAAAAUAAUACUUGGAUCAUUGGUUCCAAGGAUAUAAUUUUGCAAAUUAAUAUAUCAAAUGCUGAAGAACCCGCCUAUUCAACGGCAUUGACCUUAACACUACCAAGAAAUGUUUAUUUGCGGAGUGUACUGGACACUUGCAAAGAGAACGAGGAGAGUGGAAUUAGCGAAAUUAUUUGUGAAUUAGAGAAACCGUUACUCACUGGACAUCACAAUACGUUAAUUUUCGAUUUAAACAUGGGCAAAAUAAACAAUGGCUCCCACGACAAUACCAAUUUGACUUUCACAGCAACAGUCACAACCCGGAGUCGUCAGCAAGGUGAUUCAUCUGUUGAGUUCCGUCUCCACCUCCAAGCCAAUGCGUCAGUUACUCUGGAAGGACGUGCAAAUGAGCGGAGCUAUGACAUUCUGUCAGCUGAGGAUAGCACUCAAAAUAUUUCAUUCGAGCAUUUGUAUCAAAUUUCGAAAUUUGGACUCACGCCAGUCUCGACCACCAGGUUGACAGUCAAAGUCCCCUACCGAGUUGGAAACAUGGACUUUCUAGCUUUGACCAAUAAGCCGAUGGUGAUGAUGAUAGGAAGACUUUCUGAAUGUUCCAUUCAAGACAUUCCUGUUGCUCUAAACGCAAAUAGUAAUCAUUCGCGUUUAAAAAGGACCACAAACCCCACUUCUCAGUUAUUGCAGUUCUCCGGAAGCGGUAUUUUCUCUCAUAAUUUCGGAAGAUUCUCUGCCUCGACCACAUCCGGGCCUAAUUUAACUAGCGUGAAUUGCUCUUCUACGGCCGUUCAGUGCGGCUCUAUCAUCUGCGAUGUCGGUGUCCUAAACACUGAUCGCGAUAGUGCUAGUUUGAGAUUACAAUUUUCCAUCAACUUCCCACGGUUGAUGGAAAAUUAUGAAUUCGAUGAUAACGGUCGAAUAAUAGACGUUAUCACAGAGGCGUGGGUGGAUUUUCCGGAGCCUGUCAAUUGGACGGUUCCUGGGACAGGAAAUGUCACAAAAGUUACGACAACAUUUAUAAAAAUCGCUCCACCUAGUCGACUAACUGUGUGGAUUAUAGCUGGAUGUAUUCUGCUAGGACUCUUGGCAUUAUUCCUAAUUGCAAUUGGCUUGAGACUGAUGGGUUUCUUCAAAAGGGAACAGAAAGAAAGGAUGGAGGAAAUGAAGGAUAGCGAUGGUCACAAAGACACCAGACGCCUUUCAAACUCCAAUUUCUGAGAAGCCCCUGUUGUCGUGAUAAAUUAAGUGAUAACUAGUAUUUAUGGAAAGUUAAUUUAUUUCAAUUUAUUGCAUCAUCUUAUCAUUUUGUUCUUUUGUUUUGUAAGAUACAGUUUCACCAGUUUGCAACCAAUUGGUAUGCCCGACAGUAUAGUGUAGUCAAAUAGACACUCUGUGUUUGUUAUCUUAUCUCCAAAAGUUUUAUGUACAUUUUAAUAAAAAAAAAGAAGAGAAAAAAUAGUUGAUGAACAAGGACAUACAAACUAAAA